AUGCCGUGGAGAGUCCUACAGGCUCUGGUGGGAUUGUGCUGGCAUGAGCGGUGGUACCAUCUGGGGCUUUGUCUGCUUCUGGGAUUCGCUUUCUUUCUCCGUACUCAGGAGGUGCUAGCCCUGCAUGUUUCUGAUAUUGAGGUUUCACUCCCAGCAAAUUCAAUUGUCAUUCGGCUGCGUCGGACAAAGACAUCCAAACAGCAUCUACAAGCUCUCACGCUAGAGCAUACAGCAGUGGCGGCCCUGACAGCCUUUGCCUUGAAAGAACUUUCUGAUGUCUGGCUGUGGCCAUGGUCCCCCACUCUUUUUCGUACAUCGUUUACCUCCCUGUGCGAUUUCUUUUUUCUCACUCCUCUUUCUUUUGUCCCCUACUCCUUGCGCAGAGGAGGAGCAACCCACUUCUAUGUGGUCUUGAAGUCCCUUGACUUCGUCAUGGUGCAGGGCCGCUGGAAAGAUCAACGCACUUGCAGAUUAUAUUUGGAUGAUGCUCGUGCGAUGCUGGUGAAUGUUACCCUUCCGGAUGCGUCCGUGACUUUGUUGCGACAGUUUCGUCGCCAUCUUUCAACGGGAUGGGUAGGUUGUGAAGGUGACUGCACCAGCGCCUACAAGUGGUGGCCACCUGCGGGUGAGUUUGUCCAGUGGUGCUGGUCCCUUUGCCGCAAAGCUGCGGUUGUGAAGGUGACUGCACCAGCACCUACAAGUGGUGGCCACCUGCGGGUGUCGAAAUUGCACCAGGGAUCCCAACUCCUGGAUGCGGAGAACUUGGCGAUCUGCAAUGAGGUGAAUCUAUCGCGUGGAAGCUACGGCCAUCCAAAUGUGUGUGCCCGGCCGUGUAUCCUCUUCCUAUGCAAUAAAUGUUACAAGGGAAACAAAUGUGGCUUCUGCCACUUGCCUCACGAAUCGAGGCCUCGAACCCUCGACAAGCAACAACGCAGCUACUUGAAGGAGCUUCCCAAAGUCACCUUCCUGAAGAUGCUCCUGCCAUUUGUUCGUAAACGUGUGGAGGGCACUGAGCUAGACGCGGCCGUCGUGCUCCAGCUACUCAUGUCGGAAAUUUCGGUGCGUUCUCCAAGAUCUCCAGCUCCGACAGUUCUUACUCCGACCCAAAUUCGCAUUGUGUUCGAGCGAAUGAGUUUGGCUGGUUUAGUCAGUACAGCAUGCACCAUUCUGCCCCAGAGCGACCGCUUUCCGAAGCUCAUGCAAAAAGAGUUGCAAAGGUUGCGAAAAGCUAUCAGAGCUUUUGACCUGGAUACCUUGGAUACUCUUGGUUGAUGAGGCCAGAUGUUCCGACAUCAUACGUUGAAAUGGCUAGUUUGCAGGGCAACGUGCUCCUUUUUCAAGAACAUCUUGAGUCGAAUUGCCUUCGAAUGCGUCCUUUCAAUGUUUGGCAGUUGCUCAACAGCGUUUCCAUA